UUCCAAGAGAAACAUGUUUUACAAAGCGUUCUACUGCGUUCAAAUGAUAUUCGUAUCAAUCAGUUUUAUAUAUACGUUGGAAUGGGGCGAUGAAUGUGAUUUGGAAAAUGGAUCAAAGGGAGUUUGCAUAGAAGCUCUAAAAUGCCAGCAGGUUUACAUGAGCCUCAAACUUGGUAUUGGGAAGGUUCCAGCUCCUUGCGAAUACAAAGGAAAAGAGACGACGGUUUGCUGUGGCGAUAAAAAUGCUACGUUAUUGAGAGGAGUGCGUAGUGUGCAAGCUUGUAAUAUUUGGUUAAGGUCAAAGUUCUUCUCGGAGAGGAUUAUAGGCGGAGGUGUAUCAGCUUUAUCAAAAGAGUUUCCUCACAUGGUUGAGUUAUUUCAGGAUUCCAUUAGUAAAUCAAUAUUAAUAUGUGAUGAAUGCGAUUUGGAAAAUGGAUCAAAAGGAGUUUGCAUAGAAGCUCUAAAAUGCCAGCAGGUUUACAUGGGUCUUAAACUUGGUAUUGGGAAGGUUCCAACUGUUUGCAAAUACAAAGGAAAAGAGACGACCGUUUGCUAUGGCGAUAGAAAUGCUACAUUAUUAAGAGGAGUACGUAGUGUGCAAGCUUGUAAUAUUUUGUUAAGGUCAAAGAUCUAUUCGGAGAGGAUUAUAGGUGGAGGUGUAUCAGCUUUAUCGAAAGAGUUUCCUCACAUGGCCGCUCUUGGGUAUAGUGCUGAUGGUAGCAAGAGGACUAGUUGGAGUUGCGGUGGUAGUUUGAUCAGUUCGAAAUUCGUUUUAACCGCAUCCCAUUGUUUGCAUAGCCCAGAUUUCGGUCCGGUGAAGCACGUGAAAAUAGGAGAUUUGGAUAUAAGUCGUAUCGAUGAUGACGCUUAUCCGCAGUACUUUAAAGUACUCAAGACUUACAAACAUCCUCAGUACAAACGACCGAAAAAAUAUCACGACAUUGGUUUAAUAGAAUUGGAUGGGACAGUAAAUUUUACUGAAUACGCGUAUCCCGCUUGUCUGAACAUCAAUAUGACCUCACCGAAAUCCUUCAUAGCCACUGGUUGGGGUUUGUUGUCUUUCUUCGGGAAAUCCUCAAAUCACCUGCAAAAAGUCACAAUUUUCGAAGUCAACAACACGGAAUGCAACAGGAAUUACGGUGUUAAUUUAAGAACGCUGCAGGACGGUAUUGAUGAAAAAACACAAAUUUGUGCUGGUGAUCCUGGAAAGGACACCUGUCAGGGAGAUUCUGGGGGUCCGCUGCAAACUAAAUUCUACCAUAACUGCUAUAUUCACGGGGUCACGUCUUUCGGAAAAGCUUGUCUUUUGACCAACAGUCCCGGUGUUUACACGAGGGUCGCUAAUUACAUAGAAUGAAUUGAAAAUAUUGUUUGUAUGAAUCAGAUUCUAUAUCAUUGCAGCAGAGAUUGCUACAAUGUCAACAUGUCUGUCCGUUUUCUUGUUUGUGCAAUUGUAAUAUUUAUAUCUAUAAAUUACGGAAUUUCGAUUAAAUGGGGCGAUGAAUGUUUGUUAGAAAACGGUGAAAAUGGUGUCUGCGUUGAGGCUUCCAGAUGUGAGCAAGUUUACAAAAGUAUCAAACUCGGUGUAGGUAAACUUCCGAAGUUGUGCGAGUACAAAGGAAAACAUACCACGGUUUGUUGCAGCGACAAAAAUGUAACGCACAUUACAGGAGUGAGAAGUGUGCAAGCUUGCAAUAAUUGGAAUCGCUUUAGAAUUUCGUCAUCAUCUCUUGCUUUCUAUAUCCUUGGAGGAGGAGGUGAACCAGCAUUAAUAGGGGAAUUUCCACACAUGGCUGCAUUAGGGUACGCUGAUAAUGGAACGAACGAGACAGUUUGGGGUUGCGGCGGUAGCCUAAUAAGUUUAAAAUUCAUCUUGACUGCAUCACAUUGUUUGAAUACAUUUUCAUUUGGACCAGUUAAGUAUGUGAGACUAGGAGCAUUGAAUAUAUCAGAUAGUGUUUCGAAAACGUUUGAAGACUUUCAAGUGUUGAGAGUGUACAGACAUCCACUGUACAAACGACGUAGUAAAUACCACGAUAUUGGUUUGUUGGAAUUGGACAGAUUAGUGAACACUACGCUAUACAUUCAACCUGCUUGCUUGAACAUCAAUUUGACUGAUUCACCUAACUAUCUCAUUGCUACUGGAUGGGGUUUACUGUCAUUCUUUGGAAAACCGGCGGACCAUUUGCAGAAAUUGUACCUUAACCACGUGAAUAACACAGAAUGCAGACAGAAUUACCAUGUGAACGAGCGCAGUUUACGUAAAGGUAUUCAAGAGCAGCAACAAAUUUGUGCGGGUUUUGUAGGUAGAGACACCUGCAAAGGAGACUCCGGAGGACCGUUGCAAUUCCAAAAUCAGAAAGGUGCUUCUUACAUUUACGGAAUAACAUCUUUUGGAAAACCUUGUUUAUUGACACCUAGUCCUGGAGUAUACACGAGAGUUGCCUACUAUAUAGAGUGGAUAGAGAAUAUCGUUUGGCCAAAUGGCUCAAGUUAUGAAUACUAUUUAGAUAUAUUUACUAAUUUAAGAUCUAGAAAAUAGUAAUUUAAAUAAAGAGACGCAAGUACUUUAUGAUCUUAAUCUAAUUUAUCAAAAUAUGCAAGGCU